AUGGCCGAGGACAAGGGGAUGGUAUGUCCCUUUUGCGGCUGGGAGAACGGGCCAAACGGCACUGGCGAAUAUGAAAUGCUGUUGCAUAUGGAAACCUUCCAUCCUGAGGGCGAAGGGGACUUGAACUCUCAGUUUGGUGUGAAAGAAAACGACGGCGCGUCUGACAGACCCGGCACUGCCGAGGACAUUUCAUACGUUGAGUGCCCGGCCGAUGGAUGUGGGGAAAUUCUUCUGCUUCAAGAGUUGGACUACCACCUUGAGCUUCAUUCCGAGGAGUCAGGCCAUCACCUGCAGGAAGGAGAGGAGUCGGCGCCGAUGCCGCAUCCAAAAGCUGAAACGCCUUCUACCUCCGGGCCAUCGAGGGCUCACCGCGAAGCAGAACGACACCGUCGGUCGGACCACGAGCCCGAGAAAAACGAUCGCCAGGCAACCGCCAUCUCGGCCUGGAAACGGCUGCUUAGAAUGCCCGGGUCGUCGACCGCUCAUAGGAUUUUGUCGUCAAAACGGUCACCGGAUGAGAAGCAUACUUCAGCAGGCCAUUCCAACCGCGGUAAACGGCUUGGCAAGGCCCAACUCGGAAAGUACGCGCACGAGGACCGUAUGCCGGAUUGGCUGGUAGUGCUACUCAAGAAGAACGGCCAGGUUACGUCUCAAGGUGUCAUCUCUGUGCUGGCGCUGCUGCUAGAGCAAAGCCCGUCAACAAAGUACGCCUAUCUUUGCCACCCAUCCGUACAACAUGUCUCGAAGUUGAAGCGUGAGGGAGGGUUCUGUGGCUACCGGAACAUCCAGAUGCUGGCCUCGUGCGUCGUUGACGCCAAAUUCAAGGGGCACGAACAUUUCCACGGUUCCAUACCGUCCAUUUUCCAAAUUCAAGAGUGGAUCGAGGCGGCCUGGGAUCAAGGAAUUAACCCUCAGGGCCGUCUCGAGACGGGCGGCAUCAUGGGGACGAGAAAGUACAUUGGCACGCCAGAGGCGUUAGCCGUGUUUCGCCACCUAAAUAUUCCGUGCGAUGCUGAGGGGGUGAAGCACAAGGAGCCUGGCAAGUCUGAGGCACUGCUUAUGGAAUUUGUCGAGAACUACUUCCAGUCCGGUGUUGAGGACCCCGCGCAACCUAUUCGCAAGACCAAUCUACCGCCACUUUACUUUCAGCAUGCCGGCCACUCGCUCACCAUCGUUGGCUUUGAGAAACUCAAGAAUGGCUCCAAACAGUUGAUCGUGUUUGACCCUUCAUUUCAUGACUCUUCGUAUAUUGUGCGCCUCGUAGGCAAGACUUUCACCCAUCCCAUGCCGGACAUGGCGCUGAAGCCGUAUCGGAGAGGGAGCCGUUACCUCAAGGCGUACAAGGAGUUCGAGCUAUUGAGAUUGCUCCCCGAGACGGAGGGGGUCUGA